AUGACGGGGGGUUCGUGGCUGCCGAGGCCGUGGCACGCGUCGGCGCAGCCUCCUCCCACAGCAGCGGCAUCUCUCCUGCGCAACGACGACGACGCCGACGCCGACUACCAGCUCGCCAUGGACUUUGACGAGGCGCUGCCCUCUUCGCCGCCGUGCGCGGGCACCGACGACCUCGCGCCCAGCCCCUUCUUUGAGCGGCACCCCACGGCCUUCACCACCAAGUCGAGCUCCCCUCCGCCCGUCUUCUCCAGCGACGACUCGUGCGAGUCGGUCGACGUGGCCAACUACGAGUCCCCGCGCAUACACAAGAACAAGCGCAAGGGCGCGUGGUGGGACACGCACGCGUCUGCCCACGCCAGCCCCCAAGUCAAGAAGACCAAGUUCGCGCGCAACUUGGACUCGGGCAUCUACAUGCUCAGCGACGCGACCAGCAGCUGCGACGACCUGCCCCUGCCCCCGUACAUGCCGCCAGCCUCUCUCCGCGCCGCCGUCUCGCUCCCCCGCUCGCUCCACGCGCGAGCUGCCGACGAUGAGGCCAUGGACGUCGACGUCGACGUCGACGUGGCGAGACACGCCGCUCCAGCGGCCGUCUUCAACCGGCACAUCGACGACGGCCUUGCCGCGGACCGCGAGUCGUACGACCUCGUUGGCCUCGACCUCGCCGACCGCGACAUCACACGCAUCGGCGAGCUCAAUUGUGUCAUCAGCCACCCUCCCGUCUACGACAACGAGCUCCCCACGGCGGGCCAGUACCGCUCUCUGCUCCCCAGGCUCCACGUCAACCUCGGCAAGAACAAGCUCCGUCGCCUCGUGCCCGCUUUGUUCCACCUCGACGAUCUCACUGGCCUCUAUCUGCGCCAGAACGACAUCGACGAGCUUCCCCAGCAAAUCAGCCGCCUGCGCAAGCUCGAGGCCCUCGACGUAUCCCUCAACAAGCUUCACUACCUCCCCUUCGACAUCGUCACUCUUCUUGCCCCACAUGGAAACAUGACCCGCCUCACUCUCAUGGGUACCGAUCUGCUCCAGCCAAUGUCCUUCCGCCGCUUCUCCCUCACCGACUACCAGAAGCAACACCAAGGGCCCCUUCGCCACCUCGAUGACGUACGAGAAGACGCAAACAAGCAGCUCGCUCAUCUCUAUCCAACGCUGGCAACGUGCCAAGACCGCGACCAGGCUGUCUGGCGCAUCCGCUAUUUCGAGUCCUGGGCCAACUCUUUUGGCGGUGCAGACGACGCCCGAGAGUGCGCCGCUGAAGAUGUUGGCUUCUAUUCGCACCACCCGUCGUUGCGCCUAGAGGCUUUAGUAGAGGGCGAUGCCGUUGCCCACGCGCCACGGUACAUUGCUCGGACUCUGGUUUCUUACUAUGGGCAGGAUGGCAAGCUUCUCAAGGGCUCUCCAAAGCUCCCUACUUCCGACCAGGAACACUACCCCGUCAUCAUCGAGACGAAUCAGGGUACAUACGGCCUACCUUCCUCACCGUGGUUCGUCCCUCCGUGCACAAGCAAAGUUUCCUCCCUCUUCACAACGACCCUGCAUAUGGCACUUCACUCUUUGGAGCCCCACAAAAUACGUGACUACCUCAGCCCGUGUGCUCUCCCCAUGGUGGAAGCCAUUCUCUCGCGAGCAGAAGCGAACGCUGGCGACGGAUACGGUCUCUUCCGCGAGUGCCAUGUCUGUCGCAAGCAUUACGUUGUGGCACGCGCCGAGUGGGUUGAAUUCUGGAGUCGGGGCUCAGGUGACUUUCUUCCACUGAGAGUUAGCAACACCACCCGUGGACUCGAGAUGUAG